AUACAACUGCCACAGUGACAAACAUCAACGGAACAAAAAAAGAUAUUGAUUUGUUUAACAAAUGAGGAUCAAACCGAUAACCUAACAAUAAGUAAUUCAGACAUUUAAAAAAUGUCUGCUUUACUAAGGUUUAGUGGUGUAUUUUAUGAAUUAUCAGAAUGAGAACACGCGACUGUCUGAAAGGUUCCCGUUGUAAGAGAAAUGUCUUGAUAUGGCUGAAUCACCAAGUAAGACGGUCCAUGCAAAGAAAUUAGUUGCCUCAAUAGAUAUAGGGACGGCUUAUACCGGAUAUGCUUAUUCUUUCAAUAAAAAGCCAUACGAUAUCACGGUAAGAAAAUGGACGGCAGAUGGCGUUGUGUCACCUAAAGCGCCAUCUUCAGUCUUACUCACACCGCAGCUGACUUUUGAUUCCUUUGGGUAUGAAGCGGAAAGGAAGUUCUCCGAUUUAUUUGCUAAAAAGGGUCAUAAAGAUUGGCAUUUCGUCCAGAGUUUUAAAAUGGCACUGAAUGAAAAACAGAAAUUUGAUAUAAAUUUCCUAACUAUAACCGAUAUCCAGAACCACUUUGUACCAGCUACAGCAGUGUUUACCGGGGUCAUAGGUUAUCUAAAGAGAGACUUAAUGGAACAACUGCAGAAUGGAGGUCAUCGCUGUAAGAUGGAUGACAUUCAAUUUGUUGUCACCGUACCUGCCAUAUGGAGUGAUGCUGCAAAGCAAGCAAUGGCGGAUUAUUCAGCAUGGAUAGGAAUCAAGAAAGAAAAUCUUAUAAUAGCCUAUGAACCGGAAGUAGCAGCACUACACUGUCUGGCAAUUCCAGCCAAUCAAGUCACCGUGAGAACAAAAGAAAACAUCGCCAUGAUGUUUCAACCCGGAUGUUGUUUUCUAGUUUUGGACCUUGGUGGUGGAAUGGCUGACAUAACAGUGCAGAAGGUGGAGAGGGAUGGAAAGUUAAGUCAACUUCACGCUGCCACUGGUGGGAGUUGGGGCGGAUCAUCAUGUGUCAACAAUUCGUUCUUUCAGGAUCUCAUGAAAAAUCUAGGACAUAAAGUAUAUCAGGAAUUUAUGAUGAAAAGUAUAGGCGAUUAUUUUCUUUUCAGGAAUCAGUUUGAAAAAGCAAAACAAAACUUCAAAAACAAUCAAGAAGGGGUGGUUUUGCAACUACCUUCAUCUUUAGAAAAGAUAACGAGAGAGGUUAAUGGUAAAAGUAUUGAAGAAAUCCUCAAGGAGCUGGACACGCAUGAGAGUUUGGCUUACAGUGAUGGACAAUUGAAAUUUACAGCAGAACGUUUCAAAGCCUUCUUCUCACAAACAAUUCAAUCCAUCAUUGAUCAAAUCAGAAAGGUUUUAAAGAAUAAGAAAUGUAGUGAAGUAAAAUAUGUCCUCAUGGUUGGGGGGUUUUCAGAGUCCGACCUUGUAAGAACCAGUAUAAAAGAGGCCUUUCCUGGAGUUGGAGUAAUUGUGCCUGAGGAGGCCGCGCUCUCCAUUUUAAAAGGAGGUGUGCUCUUUGGGCAUGCGCCUGACACUGUACGAUUUCGAGUUUGUCCGCAGACGUAUGGAAUAUCUAUGUAUGAUUAUUUCAAUCCAAAGGUACAUGACCUUUCUAAGAGUUGCAAAAUCGGAAAUGCUCAAUUUGUUGUUGGAUGUUUCGAGAAAUUUUUUGAGAAGGAUGAAAUUAUUGAGGUUGGUCAGAAAAAGAAAAUUCGGAUUGCCGACGACUUUACCAAACAACCGGAGGAUGCUCGAACACAAAAUAAGGAAGUUGAAAUGUACUCUUCCUCUGAAAAAGAUCCAAAAUUUAUCUCAGAUCCAGGAUGCAUAUUACAAAGCACUAUCGUUUUAUCGCCACCUGGUGGAAGAUGGCCUGAUAUAUUGAAAGGGAAAAUAACUUUUGAAGUAACCGUGACCGGACUGAAAGUUUCUUUCAAGGAUAGAAAUACAAAAUGUAUCAGUGAUGCUGAAGUAAAAUUCACAGAGCCUGCCACAUCAACCGAAACUAAUCCAUUAAAUCGAUCUUUCAGGAAAGAUAUUUCAUGAUUAAAAAGUUUUUGAUUUGAAAUUUCAAAAUAAAAUUUUGAUUGAUUUAUCAAAUAUAUCUCUGUUUAUAUUGUUUGAAAAGCAUUGUAUAUCGAUAUCACGUCAAUGCAGAAAAA